AUGAUGACCGGCGCAAACCUUUCCGCCGUGCUCACGAAUAUCAGCCCCUCACUCGGAGGCCUCGUCGAGCCGAGCGUUAAGGUGUGCGACCUGUUCGUUGGCCAACCGGAGUGUCCCUUUCUCGUCGAGGCGAUCGUGUGUGCCGCCAACUGCAACCCCAGUUACUAUGUGAACAGCACCAAGGACGGCACGUCAGUCAUGUUAAUCUGCCCGAAAUUCGCUGACCGCAUCUUCAGUGCCUGCAAGGGCAUCAAACCGGAUGCGCAAGCAUUCAUAGACACGAUUAUUGUGAACACUGUCAAACACUGCCUCGAACAACCUGAGCACCGCCCUUCACCGCUCUUCACCGUUCUUCACCUGGCCCUUCUCUUGCCGUCCCUUCCCUGCUUGCCCUUCCCUGCAGUGGGCACGUAUGUGCUGAGCGACCUGAUAGCGGAUGCGCAAGCAUUCAUUGACACAGUUAUUGUGAACACGAUCAAGCUGGCUGGCGUGCCCAACCUCAACACAACGUGCUUUGAAGAGCCAGCCCUCGCCACUACAAGCCCGUGUGAUGCUGCUGCUUCCAUUCCCCCCCCUAAGAGCGGUGCUUAUUCAGUUGUGCUGAAUGUGGUUGUCGCUGCUUGGAUCGUCAUUCUCAUACUUCCCUCAACUUCCUUCGAUUUCGCCUUUGUCUGCCUCGUCGACCUUGUUUCCUCCUCUGCCUCUUCGCCCUCUCACCCCCUAGACCUCUUCCCCUUUCGACUCUUCCAAUCUCUUCCCUCCCUCAACUUCUAUCCUCUCCCUGACUCUCCCCGACUCUCCCUCUCGAUCCUCUCUCCCACCUCCGCCUUCUUACCCCUAAAUACCCUUCAUGUCUACCCUCUCCCUUCUUCCACCUUCUCUCCUCCCCACCCUCUCCCCCUCCGUACUUCCCACCUUCCCAGCAACUUUGUGCCGAACCUCACCAUCGGCCCUCCGGUGAUUGCUGCGCUUCGAAAGCACACGGAUGCCUACCUGGACUGCCACCUCAUGGUCACAGACCCCUUCGCCUACGUGGAGUCUAUGAAGCAGGCCGGAGCUUCCUCCUUCACCUUCCAUGUGGAGGCUGUGCCAGGCAGGGCACAGCAGCUGGUGGCUGAGGUGCACGCAGCGGGCAUGAGGGCGGGCGUGGCCAUCAAGCCUUCCACGCCUGUUGAAUCCGUCCUGCCCCUCUUGGAGGGGCAGGAGGCGGUGGAUGUGGUGCUGGUGAUGACGGUAGAGCCGGGGUUUGGAGGGCAGGCGUUUAUGCCUGACAUGAUGCCCAAGGUGCAGUUUCUACGGUCAAGAUUUCCAGAGCUGGAUAUUCAGGUGGAUGGUGGGUUGGGACCGUCGACGAUUGCUCAAGCAGCAGACGCUGGAGCCAACUGCAUUGUUGCUGGAAGCUCUGUGUUUGGCGCUUCCGACCCGGCCGCUGCCAUUGCUGUCCUCCGGGCGCUUCCGAGCACGCGCAGCAAGCUUCCCCUCCCUGCUUCCCUGCCUCAUCCCUUCUACCCCUCCCCCCCAAUUUCCUCCUCACCCACACCCACCCCUCCCAUUGCCCCUCUGACAGCCGCCGCUACUGUCCCACCGAUACCCAGAAACAGGGACACUUCCAAGCCCGGGCACAUCUACUAUGGCACGCCAGACCUCCUUUCCAACCCGCCCAAAUCCGCCGGCUCCUAUAAAUCCAGACCGUCGAAAUCCGGGUCGUCUGAAUCCAGACCGUCGAAAUCUGGCUCGUCAAAAUCCGGGUCGUCGAAGACUGGUAACCGGGUAACCGGAGGCACCCCUACAGCGGGACCGCGAUGCAUCAACCGCUUCCCCUCCCGUCCGCUCUGCAAGUUCGUCGACAGCCUUCGCGCGGCCGGCACGGCCGGCAAGGCUGGGACGGCUGGGAAGGCCGGUACGGGCGCCACGGGCGGCAGCACGGGCGGCAGGAUGGAGCUUGUGGAUGGCACGAGCGGGAAGAUUCUCCGAAUCGGAGUGUAUCAGAUCCGACAGAAGUUCCAUCGAGAUCUGCCGCCCACGAAGUUGUACGCGUUUGGGACGACCCGCGCGCGUGCGUCCUAUCCGGGUCCCACUAUAGUGGCGCGGAAGGGCGUUAUGACUAAGCGCCUCCGCUCUCUCUCGCUCUCCCUUUUCUCCCUCCCUGCAGUGCCCUUCAGGCAAGGAGGCCACGCACAUAGCUCCUACUCCGGCCACCCCCAGGCGUGGUUCACUCAGUAUGGCGAGCUGGGCCCCACUGCUCUCACGCUCCUCUUCUUGCCCUCUCCCCACUUGCACAGUACUUCUGUCUUCUAUCUUCCCUCCCCUUCCAUCUCCCCACCAUGCAGUGCCCCUCAGGCAAGGAGGCCACGCACACAGCUCCUACUCCGGCCACCCCCAGGCGUGGUUCACACAGCAAGGAGGCCACGCACACAGCUCUUAUUCCGUCCACCCCCAAGCGUGGUUCACUCAGUACGGCGAACUCGGCCCUGCCUUGUCCUCCCGCUCCUCCACCCGCUCCUCCAAUUGAUCUCACACCCCACUUGUUCUGCGUCUCUCCUCGUGUCACCCCCUUCCAUCUCCCCUUAA